AUGCUUGGUUGCAAGCCUAGCAUAACUCCAAUUGAACUUGGAGACAAAACUAAAAUGUUUGAAGGAGAUCCAGUUGACAAAGGAAGAUACCAGCAGCUAGUAGGGAAGCUUAUUUAUCUAUCUCACACUAGACCAAACAUUGCCUUCGCUGUGAGUCUAGUAAGUCAAUUUAUGCACGAUCCGUGUCAAGGCCAUUUCAAUGUUGUGUAUAGAAUCUUGAGAUAUCUGAAACAAGCACCAGGAAAGGGACUAUUCUUCAAGAAGACAAAUGAAAGAAAGGUUGAAGUCUUUAUAGAUGCUGACUGGGCUGGAUCAAUUGAUGACAGGAAAUCUACAUCCAGUUAUUGUACCCUACUAUGGGGUAAUCUAGUUACUUGGAGAAGUAAAAAGCAACUGUUGUUGCAAGAAGCAGUGCAGAAGCAGAAUUUAGGGCUAUGGCUCACGGGGUAUGUGAAGUUAUAUGGCUAA